CUUCCAUCAGUCAAAUCCAAGAAACAUCUUUCCAGUACAGCACCUUUCCAACUGUGACCAGUCUUUUCCUUCAAGAAAUUGCCCAGUAUCGACACUCCUUGCCUGUUUUUGCACCAGUCAAGUCUUCACACACUUGACAGAGCGGUCCCUACCUUUUCCACUUAUUCGUACCAACACUCUUUUGCAACAAGAAGUCCAUCAUUUCCCCGUUCCUCAAGUCAACAUGGGUCCUAAUCAUGGCGUCCUCGGAGCAACUUUCAAGGCCACCAGAGCUUUGGAAAUGGCUUCCAUGAUCGCCAUCAUAGGCAUUACUGCCAACUUUAUUUCUGAAAUGGUCAGCGCUGGUGCCACUCCACCGCCUGUCCUUGUGGCGCUCUUGAGCAUUGUCUGCAUUGCGGUGCUGUAUUGCGCCAUUACACUCAUUCUCUAUUUCGACAGCAUCCUUCCUUUUGUCAUCAGCACCGGCAUCGACUCUCUUUUCUUGAUUGCUCUUAUCGUGGUUGCGGUGGUGGUCGGUAAACCUUUGUCGUAUCUCAACUGCCAGGUCCUCGACCAAAUCUCCAAUGCCACAUCCAGCGCCUAUGACUUCACGUCAGCUUUGGGCAACAGUCUCAACAAGGAUGGCAAUGUCAACUAUUCACAAUGGAUUGGGACUUCCAAAUCCACCUGUCUCGAAAUGAAGUCAAUCUGGGGACUGAGCAUUGCCCUGUGCAUUCUCUUCACCUUCUCAUCGGUGAGCACCAUCUGUCUCUGGAAGAGAACCAAGCAAGCUCCCGCCGACAAGGGCGAGGCAUGAACUGAAAGGCAGAAAGGCAACUUGCGAGUGGGUCGAUAUCUUGGUGCAAAAAAGCUGGACACGCAAAGGUCAAUAUGCUUGGAAACCCCUCCCGGGAGGAGGCAUACUAGUUAGGAUAAUCUGAAUGGGCGAGGGAGUACAGGGCACCACAGGUUGGGCUCAUGGUCAUGCAGCAAAAGUCGCCCGACCUCAGUGUGACUUCAACGCCCCAACAUAUGCAUUAGGAGUUGGAAUACUCGUAUCUGGAUAUGCGGCUAGGCUGGUGCAGGCACAAACGUUUAACUGAGGAUGUGCGCGGAGUUUGUGACUGUCAUCCCGGGAACAUGUGGC